AUUAGUUUCAUGCCGCGUUCAGGUCAUAUAGGAGUUCUUGUAAUUACGACUUCCCUACAUGGUAAACGCGUUCACGGCAUCAACCAAGACGAAAAUACGACCGGUGUCCCAUGUGGCGUGAAUGCGGCAUUCCGCAUCCUGGGGGCGGCGACGUGCAGCAUUUACUGGCAAACAAACAACGAAAGUGUGACAAAACCCGGGAUACAAUACAACUAAAUACAUUUUAGAGGAAUCCAGCUGGGAAUGAAACGUUGAUUGCGGACAAUAUCUAUCGCAAUAACCCAACACCCCUGCCGGUCUCUGCUCCGGAUCUAAGCCAGAGAUGACCACCGAGAAGACUGGAUUCCCUCCUGUGGCGGGGGGACCCUCUCCACCCUCGCUCCACGGGCAGCCAGCGUUUCCUCCUCCAUAUGACAUGACCAUGGCAAGCCCAAACAUGUUCGGCCCAGCACCUGUUGGUCCUCCUCCUGUUGGUCUCCCUUUCCUCCCACCGACUGCUUUCGGACCUGGUGCUCCUGGAGCUUUCGGACCUGGUGCUCCUGGAGCUUUCGGACCGGGUGCUCCUGGAGCUUUCGGACCGGGUGCUCCUGGAACUUUCGGACCUGGUGCUCCUGGAGCUUUCGGAAUGAAUAUGAACCCUCAAGGCGGCUUGGGAUAUGGCCCCAACCCCUCUUCUUCACCAUAUUCACCGCCAGGCCAGGGCUUCAGCAACACCUUCACUGAUGAUGUUUACCCUAACGAGGAGGAUCCGCCCCCAUUUCAUGAGAAUCAAGACUUUGAUUUUGGAUUAGAUAACAAGAGCAUAAGAAGAGCCUUUAUUCGAAAGGUAUUCUUGGUGCUCACUGCCCAGCUGAUGGUGACAUUCGCCUUUGUGGCUGUUUUCACCUUUGUGGAGCAAAUCAAGGUGUUUGUCAUGGUGAACGCCUGGACCUACUUGGUGUCCUAUGCGAUAUUCUUUGUGUCAGUCUGUGUAAUCAGCUGCUGUGGGAGCGUUCGCCGAAGACAUCCUUGGAACCUGGUUGCCCUAUCUGUCCUGACUCUCAGUAUGUCCUACAUGGUGGGAAUGAUUGCUAGCUUCCAUGACACUGAAACGGUUGUCAUGGCAGUGGGCAUCACAGCAGUCGUGUGCUUCACAGUGGUCAUCUUCUCUCUGCAGACCAAGUACGACUUCACUUCCUGUUACGGUGUGCUUUUCGUCUGUUUAAUUGUCCUGGUCGUCUUCGGAAUACUCUGCAUCAUUAUCCGUGACAGGAUCCUGCACAUUGUGUAUGCUGGGCUGGGAGCUUUGCUCUUCACAUGUUUCUUGGCGGUGGACACGCAGCUGCUGCUUGGCAACAAGGAACUGGCCCUCAGUCCAGAGGAAUAUAUCUUUGCAGCUCUUAACCUGUACACAGAUAUCAUCAACAUCUUUCUCUACAUUCUUGCUAUUGUCGGAAGAGCAAGGGGCAGCUGAGCAGGAGGAACAACAGUUACAUAUUGUGAUGGGAAUUUGUUUUGAAUUCAUGUCUAGAAGUGAUUUUCCAUAGUCUUGAUGAUUAUUUUGUCUUGUAGUGUGCGCUGAUCACAUAGCUCAAGAGUUUCUUUUGCUUCACCCAGUGUAAAUGUAAUUUUUUAUGAGAAUUUAAAUACACUGUCUAUGCUGUAGUUUGGGGCUUUAUCAAAGCUUUAUGUAGGACAUGUUGUAAAAAAAAAAAUACAAAAAAAAACUUAACAGUGUUAAGAUUUAACACUAGCUUUUCCCAGGGCUCUCGGUCUUCAUCAGCAGAAGGAGUUUGAUCAGUUGUCAUGGAGAUGAAUCUGUUGAUAUGCAAGCUCAGUUGUGGUUGUGAUUUGUCCAGGUUGGCUUCUUCAGCAGAUGACCUUAUGUGGUUGAAACUAUGGAGGGGAAAAAAGGUGGUAGUAAGUGGACCUUGAGUUGGGAUUGUGAUUGUUUUGUCAAACUGCUAUUUCCAGGGUCAAUAUUGAACUGUCACACUUAAUUUAUAAGCCAGCAGGUGUGAGAAGGGCCGUAUAUGAAAUUAUAACAGCUGCUGAACUUGCAUGUCAACAAAUCCAUCACCCUGACAACUGAGCAAACUGCAUUAGCUGGUGAAGACUGUGUGAUAUGGUUGAAAGCCCUAGACAAAGCUAGUAAGUUGACCUCGAGUUGUGAUUUUUGGUCAAAAUGCUAUUUCUGAGAUAAAAUGCAACAUUUUAAUGGAAAAAGAUGUUU